AUGGUGAAAGCACGACAAUGGCUUCUCAACCAGAAGCCCGAGAACAUGCCUGAAUUAGAUGGCGACAACGCAACUUUCAAACUGGUCGAAAAAGACCUACCGGACCCCAAGGACGACGAGGUGCUUGUCAAGCUGACAUACCUUUCCAACGACCCGGCGCAGCGUGGAUGGAUCAGCAAAUACAUCAACCCUGAGCGCUUGUACACCGCCCCGGUCAAGGAGGGUACUCCCAUGCACGCCCGCGGUCUGGCAGAGGUCGUCGAGUCCAAGUCACCGUCGUUCAAGAAAGGCGAUACCGUGAUCGCGAGCACUGGCUGGUCCGAGUAUGCUGUUCUGCCUGCUCAGCAACUGCAGCCCGCGCCAGAUCUUCCUGGCGGUAUGGGAAAGACGCAUUACCUCGGCGCUUUGGGGCUCACUGGAUUAACGGCCUAUUUUGGAUUGACUGAAGUUGUGAACACGACCAAGGACGAUGUUGUGGUUGUGUCCGGAGCCGCUGGCGCCACUGGAAUGAUGGCAGUCCAGAUCUCGAAGAACAUCUUAGGCUGCAAGAAGGUCAUCGGAAUGGCCGGGUCCGAUGAGAAGUGCAAGUGGGUUGAGAGCCUGGGAGCAGAUCUUUGUCUCAACUACAAGAAAGACAGCUUUAAGCAAGAUCUCGAGAAGGCGUUGCCGGGUCCCGAUGGAUUUGCCAAUGUUUACUUCGACAAUGUUGGUGGUGAGAUCACGGAUUUCAUGCUUACCCGCAUGGCGAAGUUUGGCCGAGUCUCGUGUUGCGGUGCCAUAUCCAAUUACAACAAUGCCGCCGGUACCAAACCCAUGGGCAAAACCCUACCAUGUCUGAGACACUGGCUGACCCUUUUACCCUUCUGCUUGCAGGUAACUUGGGCUUCAUUGUUCUCGACUGUGAGUACAGUCGCCGUUCUUCCGUUGUCUUGGGAGCAUCUUGCUAACCUGCGUUCCAAAGACAUGGACAAGUACGGCGAAGCUAGCGAUAUCUUCAAGAAGGCUCUUAAAGAUGGCAAGCUUAAGAUCGAUGAGGGAGAGCACAUCGUCAAGGGAGGCUUUGAGGAUAUUCCAAAGACCUGGAUGCAGUUGUUCUCUGGGGCCAACACGGGCAAGCUGGUGACGGCGGUCCAGUAA